GGAAGGCAAAGGAAUCCAAGUGCUCCAAGCUCCUCACAGUGUUUCCGAUGCAGCUGGGAGAGAUCUAUUCACCUCAACUUGCUUUGACUCAACAAAAAAACACCACAACGUAUUCCACGGAGCGCUCUGAGCACUUUAAGCCAUGCAAAGACAAGGACCUUGCAUAUUGUCUCAACGAAGGGGAAUGCUUUGUGAUCGAAACCUUAACGGGAUCCCACAAACACUGCCGGUGCAAAGAGGGCUACCAAGGAGUCCGCUGUGACCAAUUUUUGCCGAAAACCGACUCAAUCUUGUCAGAUCCAACAGACCAUUUAGGAAUUGAAUUCAUGGAGAGCGAGGAGGUGUACCAGCGCCAGGUGCUGUCCAUCGCCUGCAUCGUCUUCGGCAUCGUCGUGGUGGGCAUGCUCUGUGCAGCCUUCUACUUCAAAACAAAGAAACAAACCAAGCAGAUUCACGAACAGCUGAAAGAAACACAGAAUAGGAAAACCUACAGCCUGAAUGCUUCCAGCAUGAUGGCAAAGUCGGAGUGUAUGGCACAAAGCCAAGUCCAGCUGCAAAAUUAUUCAAAGCCAGAUAGGCACCCGGGGCCCAUUCUGCACAAAGUUAUGGAGUCUAGUUUUUCAGGCACCCAGUCUUUCCCAGAGGCCUUGUCUCCUGACAGAGGAACCCAGCCCAUCAAGCACCACAGAAGUCUCUCUUCAUGCUGCAGCCCAGGACAAAAAAGUGGGAUGCUCCAUAGAAAUGCCUUUCGGAGGACUCCUCCCUUGCCUCGGGGUAGGUUCAAUGGAAUUACAGGACCAGCAUAUCAACAGCUCCAAGAGUCGAGGAUCACGGACCAGGACACGAUACCUUGUCACGGGUAUUCAUCCAGUGGUUUAAAAACUCCUCAGAAUCCUUCAAUAAAUAUGCAACUGCCUUCAAGAGAGACAACCCCAUAUUUUAAUAACGUGGAUCAGAAGGACUUGGUCAGCUAUUCCUCUUCAAGGGCCAACUCCGUUCCCAUCAUCCCGUCUGUGGGCUUGGACGAAGCCUGCAUGCAAAUGCAAAAUGUUCCUGAAGUAACAGGCAUCAAAUGGUGCAAAAACUCCUAUUCUGCUGAACUUGUCAACGUGAGUUCCCCAGUCAGUAAUUGUCUAAUAGCAGAGCAACACGAAGUGAAAGUGCUGCUGGAAACUGUGCAGGAGCAGAUCCGGAUGCUGACGGACGCGCGGCGGGCGGAGGACUUGGAGCUGGCGAGCGUAGCGGCGCAGAGCGGCGCCAGCGAGAACACGGCCUUCCUGCCCAUGAGCCCCACGGCCAAGGCAGAGCGGGAGGCACAGUUUGUCCUGAAAAGUGACACGCAGAGAGACUCGGUAUUGGCCAAGUGA